AUGCAAAAAAAUUCUGAAAGUGAAGACAAUUAUUCCGCAGAUGCCCCUGAUAACGCUUUAAAUGCUAAAGAUGAAGAUAUCAAUAACCAAGCAUUGAAAGACGAUGUUUCGAAUAUUAUUCUUAAACUAAAAGCAGAUUCAGUCUUAGAAAAGAAUUCGACUAAAGAUCACACAUAUCCACCAAUCGCUAAAACAAAAUAUAAGAUACAAGAAUUUAAUAACCAAGUACCAGCUCUAGUAGGAUUAAUUAACGAAUUUUCCAGACAACCUGACCGUAAAGCAGCGGAUGAUGAAAAAUCAGAUGAUAUUGACAAAUCCAAUUCCAAAAAUUUAAAUCACAAUCACACAGAUCAAGUUAAAGAAGGAAAAGACAAAGAAGAGCAACACAAACAAGAAGGAGGACAACACAUUUUAUCUACUAAGAAAACGAAAGAUUUGAAAGAGAUUUCAAAUGAGGUUGAAGGCGACGAAAGUAAAGUAUCUGAAAAUCAUUACCUUUUAGCUAGUGGAGGAGUACAAAUCAGCGAUCAUGACGACAGCGAUAUAAGUAAAAAUUCUGCAAUGAGAGGUGAAAGCGAAAGUGAACAUGAUUACGAGUCCAAGAUGAAUGAAGAAAAUAACAUUGAGAAUACUUUACUAACCACCAGUGAAAGAAAAACCCUACAAAAAUCAUCCUUGGACAUUGAAGCAGAAAAUGAAUCCACCAACACUAAUAGUGUGAAAGACUACAAGGAAAAAAAAUGCUUGAAAAGCACUGCUGAAAAUCUACAAGAAAAGAUUCACGAAAAUUUGCAUAUAAAACCCAAUGAGCAAAAAACAACGAGGUUAGUAGCAUAUGGAGAAAUUGCUCUCAGCUAUGAUAACGAAUUCAUUAAUGAAAAUAAUAGAGAAGCAAGAGAAGAAGAAAUCUCAACAAAUGUUUCUACGAAAACUUUUAAUGAAUUGAAUAAGCAAGCAAGCAUUACUUUUGAACAAGAAUCGAAUGGAAAAAAUUACCAGAAUGAAGAAGAUGCUCGAAAAAAUUCAAAAAAACAAGAAGAAUCAUACGAAAUUGAAAGUAACGACAUACAAGAGAAACUACUUAACGUCGAGCAAUUAUCGGAUAAUAUUCAAUGUGAAAAGGAUUUGAGAACCUUAAAGACAUGUGAGGAAGAGAAUUUUCCCCAAGAUUUGACUGGAGAUGCACAAGGUCAUAUUCAAGAGGAUCUAAAAUCAGAGUCAAAAAUUCUUAACAAAAUUUAUGACGGUAUUGAAAGUCAAUCAUCUCGGAGUACUAGUAAGAAACGUAAAAACUUCUCUUCUGAUCAAAAGAAAGAAGGAGAGAGCCCAGCCGAAUCCGGCGAGAGCGAAGGAGUUGUUCGUUAUAUUGAGUCACAGACAUAUUUAAAACAUGAUAAUAAGAAAGGUUCUCCUGAUGAAUACUACGAAGAAAGCUCGAAUGAAACCCACCUAGAUGAGACUGAAAGAGUUGGUGUCGGUAGUGGGACCAAGCGGCACAUAAAGAAUGAUUAUACAGAACAUUUUUCCAAUGAAAGCGAUAACAGCUCCCCUGAGAAAGAUGGAGCUGAAAGAGCUGAUGACUUUAAUGUGUCCGAGAAACACGAUGACCUCAAAAAAAAAUAUUUUUCUAAUGAAAGCUAUAAUAAUUCUUGUGAGAUCAAGCAAAACGAAGCUAAGUGCGAUAUACAUUUAAGAGAUGAUCGUAAAAGCAAUUUGCCCAAUGGCAACUACAAGAAAAGUUUACAUCAAACCGAGCAAAAUGAAGUUAGAAAGUCUGAUAAUUGUCACGAUGCCGAGGACUGCUUAACAAAUCAUCAAAAAAAGAUUUCUCUUGAUGUAAAUCUUAAAAAAGGUUCGCAUAAAACCGAAAAACGUGAAACUGAAGAAGUCGUUGAUUGCCGUGAGAUCGAGAAAUGUUUGGAAGAGAACUAUAAAAAGAGUUUGAUAAGAGAAAACAGCAAAGAAAGUUUGCAUCAAAUCGAGCAAAUUAAAAGUGAAAAAGGCGAUGAUUGUCUCAACACCGACAAAAAUUGGAAAAGUGAUCCCGACGGAAAAGAAAUUAAUUCCAAAACCUGUAAAUCAAUUAAGCUAAUAGAGGAGGAAAAUGGAAGCAAAGAACGGAUAGAAUCACCUGACGAAGGAGAAAAAUCAAGUGAAAAAAUGACCUUAUCCAGGAAAGCAGAUGAAGGCAAUGAAGCCGAAAUUGGAAAACAAAUCAAAACUUCCGAAAGACCUGGCGCUCCUCUUUCACCUAAGAUACCAAUUACCGCAAACUUGCCUUUUAAAGAAAUUCAAUAUUUAGAAAUUGACAGCAGUGUUCCAGGUAAAGAACAGCCAUCUCUAAGAGAAAACAUAAGGAGCAAAUCGGCCGCAAAAACUGCUAUAGAGGAUCAUGUCAUUCAAACUUCUAGAUAUCAUAUGUACAAAAACCCGGAAAUGAAACCCAUCAUAACAACUGAGAGCGAGUCUGAGCAGAACGUUGAAGAAACAUUAAAACAAAGGCCUGUGGACGGUAGCUUAAAUGAUCACGAAUUGUUUAAAAAAGCUUACAAAGGCGGUACUAAGAGCGGGGAUGAUGCUGACGUUAUCAAAGAGAACCAAAGGAAUGCGCCGGGUAACAAAGUUGAUAGAUCAAAUAUUAAUCCUGAUGACAAAGUAGUUGAAAGCACUAUUGAUUUUUCUAAAGAGACUGAGCAAGAAUGUAAUAUUAAUGAUAAAGAUACAAAGAAACCAAUAAUAAUCGACAUAGAGAGAAAAGCAAAUCAAGAUUUGGAUCCUCAUAAACUGUUAACAAAUGCUUUCAUGGGCGUUGUUCAAAAUUCUGCCUUUCAAAAUUUUGAAAUGAUUGAUGAUAAAAUCAAUAAUAAUCUUAGGAUAUAUGUAAGUAGAAGCGAAUCUAAUUUGAUAUCCAGAGAAACGCCGCUAUCCGAAACUUGUGAUGAUGAGCUUUCCGGUGACUCCGAACAUAGGGAAAACUUGUUUUCAAAAGCUUCUCAAAAUGGAAAAGAAAUUUUAAAGAAAAACAUUGAUGAAGUUAAGCCAGUAGACCUUGCCGAAAAAAACAUACAGGGCCUGCAUAAGAACUUUGAAGGGGAAAGCAACUCUCAGGUACAAAAAGCAGAUACUAUUAACGAAACUUUAAAUUCAGGAGAAAAUUCGAACCGAAAUGGUAAAAAUAAGUUAACGAAUACUAAUAAAGGUAAUCAUGACACUUCGAAUACAAAUGGAAAAGGUGAUCACGAGUUUAUAAGGAAUAAGAAUGGUCAAGCCUUAGAUUUCGAAAAGGAUCAGUCACAGCUAAAGCCCGAAAUUUUCUUAGAAAAGCCAACCACAGAAGCUCCUCUGCAGAAUUCUAAAGAAGAUAAUAAAGACCCUUUGAAAGAUAAUACUAAUAAAAAAUCCCAAAACGACACUAAUAGAUUAAAUACUAUUAACGAACCCUUGAGAAAAGACUUAAACUCACAUGACACUAGUGACGGAGGAGGUCUAGGGUGUCAAGGUGAAGAUAGCAACGUCUUAAAUUUCACUACGAAGAAAGUAUAUGAAAAAACCUCACUAAUACCUUCAAAAAGAACAACAAUUAAAAUCGAUGAAACUAAAGAAGACAACUUAGAAGAUUCGAAUGAAGAAUUCGACAACGACAGAAAUCAUAACGCAGCAAAUACUGUAGAUUGCAAAAGUGACUUAAACACUCAAAUAUGCGUGGCCGAUAAAAAAUCAAAUGAAGGUUUAUAUGAGAAUAAACGAACCGAAAAUGAAACAAAUUUCGAAAUUAACACUCGUAAUGAAGUAAUACUUGACAUGAUUGCGGCAGUAGACACCAGCGAAAAAGCCAUUAAAAAAUAUCAAUUGGGACAGGAUGUCAAUAUUGCAAACAAGUCAAAUGAAGCGCAAAUGUUGAACAAAACCUUUACUAAAAUUACCAGCGAUGAUUUGUAUGCUGCUUUCAAACAUUUGGAUCAGCAACGUUCUGAAAACAAGGAUACGGUUAAAAAUCUGCUUAAUAGUUUUCUUAACUCAGAACGUUUGUAUUCUUAUAAAGUUAAUCAGACAUCACAUUUUCCCACAAACAAUGUGGUAGAAAUUACAAAAUCAUUCAAUGAUGUUUUGGAUGAUGGAAAAGAUCUCCGUGAAUCAACUGUGCCAUACGGAAUGCUCGAAGAACGAUGUAUUAAAAAAACUAUAUCACUUAUUCACAUCGACGACAGCGUCAUGGAAAUAAUUACCGGACAAAAUGAAAACGAUUCUACUGAUAAAGAAAACGUCAGUGACGAUGAUGCUGAUGACAGCCUAAUUACGAACGCCAUUAAAUUGCAACGAAAUGAUAUGAUUAUAGAGAAAAUGAAACAGCGGCAAGAAUCGACACCAAAAAUAGCUAAAGGCAGCGCCGAUAAUUCGAGAGAUAUAAACAAUUUUGGGGAGCCGUCGGUAAAACAUAUUGAAGGCACUCCCGAUACAGAUGAAGAAGCCGUUGUUGUUAACAAUUUGCAGCGCGAAGAGACACGUGAAAAUUCAGCUUACAGUGAUGACAUCAUUUAUGGCAAUGGACAAAAAUUUGCUAUUGACAACGAUUUCACCGCAAUCAAGAUGGAAGAGGAAAACCAAGAUCAAACAAAAACAUUUAUGAAAAGUGUCACCAUAGACACGGCUGUACGUUUCAUUGAGCCCGCAUCAAGUAGUGACAGUUUUUGCUUAGAUGAAGACACCUCUCAGGCUAUAAGAAGGCAAAUAAUGGCCUAUUCCAUAUCGGACGCAGAUUCCGAUUACGUGGAAGAACGUGUCGGUGAAAAUAUGAAUGCUGGUGGCGUUAAAUCGCAUCUAAAACAUAAUGAUUUUAAUAUAAGUAUAGCUUUAAUGGAAAAUAUGGACACUUCCACUGAAACAGAGUCAACCAUAGUAUCCGCUGCUACGAAAAUACAAGCAGGAGCGAGAGGUUAUCUUACACGAAAACGUUUAGGAAUAACAAAUAAUGUUAAUGAAAGAAAAGCUUCUCAGAAAGACGAUAGCAAAGCUUCCUUUGGCAAUGCAGCAAUUAGCGAGUCUUUGGAGCAUUUGGUUAAAAAUGAAGCAGCCAAAAAAAUUCAAAAUGUAUAUCGCCAUCAUCGAAAUAGAAAUCAAGCUCAUGUUCCUGGUAAAAUUGAAAAAUCUAGUGAACGAAAUGUCGAUGAAGGAAAUCGCUUGGCUCAAAAACGAUCAAUGCUACAGCGGGGAGAUGCCCUCUUACUUAGUAGCACAAGCAGCAGUAGCAGCGGCGCUAGCAGAGAAAAGCAAACAGAAGAUAAAAAUGCGCAGAUGGUAAAAGCCAAUACAGCUGCCAUGAUGCGUGCAAAGAAAAUUCAUAGCAAUAAAUUGGAAUGGCUCGCAAUGAGACAAAAUUCGAUGCCUGUCCAAAUCGAUUCGGAACUGUUUCGCGUCAUACCAAAACAUAUGCCUAAAAGUUACUUUGAUGUACGUGAAUAUGAUAGAGCUGCUCAUUUAGUGCGGAAUGCUAGUUCUCCAGUUCCCAGAUUCCUUCAUCUUUAUGCCACUUAUAUGGCAUUGGAGAAACGACGGUUGGAUUCGACCACGGAUCAAUCGAAUCUAAAUGACUCAGGUUACUUUAAAGACCUGGGUGAGAUUUUGGUUACUUUGCGGGGAGAGCAUUCGCGAAAUAAAUUAGACGGUUACGGUAUGUAUUAA